AUGUCUGACGAUCCGAAGGAAAGUGGAUACUAUCUCCGUCUUGUGUCUAUGUAUAUGGACAUAGGUACAGAGACUGUUCUAGGUGUGUUUGUACACCUUUCACCAGGAAAAGAUGCUGAAACAUUUCUCAAGGCAAACCAACAUGCUAUUAUAAAAAUGAAGACCGAACAUAUCCUCAAUGAACAAGAGUGUGCAUCACUUCUGCAGAAAGGUACAAACGUUUUGAAGAGUCCACUUGAUCUUAAUCGUUUCGAUGUGUCCUUAUUGAUAACUCUUGCAAGAAACCUUUUCACUAGUCACCAGCUUCCACCUCCCGCGAAAGGAUGGAAGUAUCCACCAAGAAACAAAGACAAGUCUGUAGCUGCUGACCUAAUGCGUCUGAAGACAAUCAGAAAUGUUAUUGUUGGUCAUCAUCCGAGAGCGCGAUUGCCAAAGUGGCGAUUUGACGAUGAGUGGCAGGAAGUGUCAGAAAUAAUCCUUAGAUUACAACAACAAAUAGCCCCUGGAAACAAAGUGCACAUUGAAAAGAGAAUUGACGAGUACCGUGUGCAGAGACUAGACCCCAGUGUUGAGAACAAGUAUGAUGAGAAAUUAAAGGAAUGGCACGAGGAAGUAACUAAUGUGCAGGAUCAGGUUGAAGAAUUAAUAAAGAAACUUGAAGGUUUCGACGCCUAUUUCAAAAAUAAGAAUGAUCGAUUUGAAAGAUAUACAAAGUUAUUGACCAAAGGAGGCCACUUUGUAUUAUCAGCCCUUCUCGAUAAGAAAAUGAAAAAGCAAGGGAUAGAUCUAAGGAGCUUACUUGAUGACAAGGAAGACACUCUUAAGAGGAAUGUAACAGACUCAAAACAAUUAGAUUUUCUUUAUCCAUCAACUAACGCAACAGAUCCGUUGGAUACGUCUUCGUGGGAUGUUUCUCUCCUUGCAACAGUCAUUUUACAGCUUUUUGACAGUACGAAAGAAAGAGACAUAAACCAAGACGUAAAAAAUAUAGGUGAUGCUCAAAGAAAUCAUGCAGAUGCUGCGCUGGUGGCGUUAGAUAGUAAUACGUUUGAAGAUUAUUGGACAGACCUUAAAGCUAGUAUUAAAAUUGUUUCUCGCGAACUCGAUGAAGACAAGGCUGCUCAAUGUCAUCAGAUAUUGGAAGAAUGCAAGAAGAGAAUAUCGGAGAAAGAAUUUCAGACCUACAUGGAUGAAUUAAAAGCCAAAGGCUCUCAAAUGAAAUCAUUUACUGAUAUUUUUAAAGAUACACUCAAGAAAACACAAGAGUUUCUGCAGGACAUGAUAACACAUGGAAUCAAUUUCAAAAAUGGUCACGAAUUAGAACUUAAGAUGAUAACUCUCGGUAAAAAUGAAGAGAAGAAGGAAUUGGCCGAGAAAAUACUGACGGAAGUUUGGCAUGAAGCGUUAGAUAGAUCAAUACAAACGACAUAUUUCCCUGAAGUGAAGAAAGAAGUAUUGAAGAUAUUGGAAGAAAUAAAGAAGUCCAAGAGUGUUAAAAACAUCACAAUCAGUAAAAAAUGUAUAUUGCUGCAGAUUACAUGCACAUCACCAAAUGAUUUGUUAAACAUGAUUAACUACUUUGAGAGUGAAAACUGUCACGAAUCAUUUGGAAACAUAUCAAAAGAGCUUGGAUAUUACCUUAACACAGCUUUAGCAGUGUAUUAUGUUGUACCCAUCGACUGUCUAUGGGCUAUUUCAAAUCUACAAGACGAAUCCACACAACCAGAAGAGAGAGGCGUAAGGCUUCCGAUAACAGUGUCCUCGCCUGCUGGGAUGAAACAUCUGAUAUCAUUGUGCGGCAGAGAAGAGAUUGCAAACAGUACAAACUCUAUUGCGGACGCGUUGUCGAAACAUUUAGAUGAUACAAUAGAGCUGAAAACGUCAACAGAUAUGAAGGAACUAGGAACCGUUUUUGAUGCAGAUAAGUCAAGUUCUGACAGUAGUAGUGAUUGCUCCACUACGGAAAGCAGUGUUAUAAAUAGUAACCAGCUGAAGCAGCCUGAUGUCUCUGAGAAAUUUUCUGAAGAAAAGAGCCCUGGUAACAUGCCUGAAGAAUUGACAGUACAGGAAUUAGAUGACAAGACGGAUCAUCUAAAAGAGUGUCACAAAGACAAAAGCAUCCAAAAAGAAACAGAGUCGGACAUUUAUACUUCCCAAUCUAGUGAUUCAGAUGGAUCUGACUGGGCAUCUCAAUGGACAGAACGAGAAACGAAGAUUAAGAGAUACAGGAACUGGGUAAAGUCAGGGUUAGCACUACAUAUUUUCAAGACGGAAUUGAAUACGAUUUGCGACGAAGCCGUAGCAACACAGCAUAAAGGACUGAUUGAUAAAGUCAAAGGGAAGAAAGGGGUAUCAAUUUUGUCAUGCAACAAAUGCAACUUGAAAACCUUGCUGCCAGACCAUGUCCAAACGGAACACAAACAGUGUCCACUUGACUAUAUGAACUGCAAUUGUCUAAAUCCUGUUGAAAAGUCGGCUUGUCCAAACAAUUUAUGCGGUGCCCUGUAUGACGACAUCAUAGGAUUAUAUAAAGCGACUCCUCCAACACCCAUUUGGGAAAACACAAAUGUACAUACGUGGUGCACAGAUCCAUGGUCUAUUGCUAAAUGUUUUAUUAGCAAAAGUGUGUAUGCAACGAAGACAAAAGCAUCCGAGUUUGACAUCGAAGAAUUAUUUCUUCUGAUGAAAAACAACAAGGAACUCUUCAGAUAUUUGAAAAGAUAUAUAUUACCCCCCAUCAUUUUAUUUCCAGAAGUUCAGAAAGAGAGAUUGUCACAGCUGUGUCGCCACAGAGACAGAAUAUAUUACUCAAAAGAAAUGGAGCUGGACUGGAUUACAAGCUUUACAGACAGAGAUGCACUCAGGCAAUUUUACAUGGCAUGUUUUGGAUUCGAUGUGCCAAAGUUCCCGGAUGAUGACUAUAUUGUAACGUCAAAAGAUGAAGCUAUAGUUCAUGCAGAUGUUAUUGCUGCACUCAGUGAGGAAGCAAAAUAUCUAGAGCAAAAGAUAACUUCGUGCCAGGAAACUAACCUAAGUGAAAAAGAAAUUGAAGAUGAAGAAGUUCACGUAAAAAAGAGAAGAUUUGAUUCGAUACCAAAGGAAUCCUUACAGGCAGUACAGUUGCCACCAGAGUCUGAAGUAGAACGACUAGAGCCAGGUAUUUCUGGACAAGAAGUGCCAGUGAAAAAAAGAAGACUUGAAUCGACGAUAUACGGACAUUCGUAUGCAAUCAAUAUGCCUACAAAGUCUGAAGCAGGACAAGAGCCGACUACGUCCUAUCGAACUGAUCAUUCAGUUAAGGACAUAGAAGACUACACGACCCAACUUGAAAAGAUCAAGACACUUAUUUCCGUUCACAAAGAAAGCAUGGCUUACAUUGGUGGCAAAAUAGAUUUGCAGAAGAGGUUAGUAAAACUUUACCAGGACCAUAUAGUUAAAGUACCUGCAUUGCCUAUACAACCGGAACAGAAUCAAAAGGAUAUCGAUGAUGUGUAUGUCGAUCCGUGGAUGACCAUCUUAGAAAAAGACGAUCCGGACAGGAAGGCCAGUGAACAGACAGAGAGAGAAAUCUCAUCAUUUUUUGACAUUUUCGAGGAAAGAGGUACUCAGAUCAAGAAUGUUUAUGUCCUUGGUGAAGCGGGCACAGGAAAAAGUAUUUUUUGUAAAAACUUGAUACAGAAAUGGUGCAAAGUGCAUAUGAAAAGUGAUAUGGGUGGACGACUUAAUCUAGGCAAGGAAAUGAAAAUCCUAAAAGGAUUUGAAUUCUUGUUUUUCAUUUUACUCCGUCACCAUUUAGACAAACCAACGAUUAAAAUGAUGUUAGACGGCCAAUUUGGUCACCCUAUACUACAGAAGAUACUGGACACUGAAUCAGAUAAAUGCCUUAUAUUACUUGAUGGUCUUGAUGAAUGGAUUCCAAAAUCACUUUGUCAUUCGCAAAUCCAAACUAAAGGAUUGCCAGCGAGAGAUAUAAACAAGGACUACACCAUCGUUACAACAUCUAGACCAUGGAAAAUUGGGAUACUUGGAAGGAAAAGAAAUGAAAUACAUCAAAUAGUAAUGUUGCGAGGAAUCAACAAAAACGCUUUAAAGAUUCUCACAGAGAAAACAAUCACGCUGUUGAAUGCAAUGCUCAAACAAGACAGAAAUCCGCUGAACUUUAUCAAAUAUUUGAAAACGAGUCCUUUAUCAGACAUACAGCAUAUUCCAAUAUUAUUACAACAAUUGAUUUGUUUAUGGUGUGAAAACAGUAAGCUAACAUCGUCUACAAAAAGUACCCUAUAUAGUGGUAUGCUGGAACUUCCCUUUAAAUGGUUAGAUCAGGGAAAGCGCGAGGGUCAUAAGUCUGAUGUUGGAUCAGAAGCUGUGCAAAUCCCACAUGCAUCAGAGAAAGUCGGAAUAUACCAAGAUUAUAAGCAAACUCUUAAUAGUGCAUCAAAAUUAGCGUUUGAAAUUUUGUUUAAACAUGAAAAAGAACACACCCUUUCAUUUGACUUCCAAACAUGUAAACGUCUUCAAGUACCAGCAGACGUUUUAAAAGUCUGUGUGAAUAUUGGAAUUCUCUCUGAAGACAAAAAUAUUGGGUUUUCUACCGACGUUCUAAAUGAGUCGUCGUUUUCGUUUGUUCACAAGUCAAUCCAAGAAUUUCUUGCUGCUUUACAUAUUGCCAAAACACUUUCACAUGCAGCGACUGAGUGGGAAGAGGCACCUUCUUUACAUCCUAUGACAGAACUAGAGCAUACAACGUUCCUAAGUAAUCAAUCAAAACUGGAUGAUUUAACGUCUCUACGCCCUGCAUCAGAGCAGGAUACAAAACCUCGACAUCCUUUUUCAGAUAUUGUAACGAAUCCACAUACUAUUUCGGAUCAAAAUGAUGUAACGUCUCCACAUCCUCGUGUGGAGCGAGAGAAUAUAACGUCUCCGCGUCCGAGUUCACAGUGGGAGAAUAUAACGUAUUCUCAAAGAGAGGAUAUAACUUCUCCGCGUCCAGGUUUACAGAGGGACGAUAACACGUUUUCGCAUACUGGCACAUUGCAAGAGGAUAUAACCUCUAAACACCCUGGUUUAGGGCGAGAGAAUUUAACAUCUUUACGUCCACGUUUACAGCCAGAGAAUAUAACGUUUCUACAUACUGGUUCGGAGCAAAUGAGUAUAACAUCUCCUCAUUCUGGUUCGGAGCGCGAGGAUAUGACGUUUCCACACUCUGGUUCGGAGCGCGAGGAUAAAACGUCCCUACUUGUUAGUUUCGAGCGAGAGAAUAUAUCGUUUCUGCAUACCGGUUCAGAGCGAGAGGAUGCAACAUUUCUACAUUACAGUUUACAGCGUGAGAACGUAAUGCCUCCACAUGCUAGUUUGGAGCGAGAGGGUUCAAUGUCUCCACAUGUAUCAAAGAUAGUAGACACUGUGGAUACAUCACAUUUACCUGAUAUGUCAGAGCGAAAAUAUUCAUGGUCAACUGUUUUUGGAGAUUUCGUGCAAAAAUAUUGCACUGGAAUCACAACGGUUGAAAACAUUUUAGAACUUGCAAAUGUUUUCAUAUUUCUAUCAGGAUUACAACCGAACCUUGUGACAAAUAUAUCAAAAUAUAUACACCGUAUUGUCAACCGAGAUAUACAUGUAAUUCAGCACAGAACGAUGUUAGAAGAAUGUGCGUUUUUACAUGAUAUUCAGGCUUGUAUAUCUUCCUGUUGCCACGAAGCAAGCUCAGAUGCACAAUGUGACCCAUGUCAUAUCUAUCUAGGAGAUUGUUUCAUUGAUGAUUCGAAAUUCGUUCACCCAAGUCUGAAUAUUUUCGCUGUACAGCAAGUCAUAUCUGACGGUAUAAAAUCUUUGUCAAUUUCCUUUUCUCGGGCUUGUCAGUUACAAAGAGUACAUUCUAAAUGUGAUAUCUGCAGUAUACUGACUUAUUUCUCAUCAUGUCGCCGAUUGACAAAGUUAGAAUUGAAGGAUAAAAGAUUACAAGCAGACGAUAGGCAUAUAUACCUGAUUACAGAAAUACUGGAGAGAAAUUUUCAGACUUUAAGGAUGGUGUCAGUGGACUGUAUUUUAGGAGUUUGCUUGAAAGGUAUGGAAUCUUUUGAACCUUUGAUAACAUCUAUUCCAAAACUGAAUCGGUUGACCUCGUUAGAAGUGCGCGGUAUCCGUCUGUUACAUGAGCAGUGUGACAUUCUAACAUCAUAUCUAGCAGACGAGGUUCGCUUACAAGAGUUAUCUCUAGAUAUAGAGUGUGCGGGUAAAGAUGACCACGAGAUUAAUAUGUCAAUGCACGACACUCUUCAGUAUCUAGAAAUAGGAGACGGUUUUACAGUAACUAAUGUUUACACAAAACAUGACAUGACAAUCAAGUUUAAGAUUACACGGUCAAAUGAUUUGUCUAUCACGCGACUGUUUCGUAUUUUAGAAUCAGUUAACCUGAAACAUGUCAGUUUAUGGGGAAACCGUCAUGAUGCUUCUGUACCUGAUCUUGUCACCCAUUACCUUUGUUCACUCCUUGCAAAGGCGAACUAUCUCUGUGCUAUCGAACUUGACAGUCUCAAAAUAACUCGCAAUAUCUUGACGUGCCCAUACAAAUUGAUCAACCUUAAACGCAUUGACCUAUCUUUGAUCACAAUGACUAUGAUGUCAUGGGAGGCAUUUAUUGACAGUCUUCCUAAAUUACCAAAUGCCGUUCAUGUGAAAACGCUAGGUUUGGUGAUAAAAGACUUCGUCAAUAUGCACUUGUCUAGGUCCAUGCUAUAUGAGAGAAAAACAGUAUUACCGAUACCCAGUAAAGCUUUUGACUAUGUUAGGAACCAAGAUAAAUUAUUUCAUGUCACAAGGGAUAAAGAUUAUCUUUUCGAAUUUUUGACGCAUAAGUAUCAGCACUGGUGAUUAAUUACGGGAAAUUCGCAUGGAAGGCGGUGCAAUUUCGUUAAUUAGUUCAGUUGCUUAUAUGUUUUAGGUUUUGAUUUCAUUUCGGUUGCAGAUAAAAUGGAAAACUGAAAUACACAUAACAUAGACAUUUUUUGUUGUAACUAGAUUUGGUAAUAUUUGUCUUUUUAAACGGUCGAUAGAAGAAAGGUUUUUAAUAAUUAAAAGUAAUAUGUAUUUUUUGAUCCCUGCAAAACGUAUAAAACUCCGAUAUUACGUAUAUAGCAAACACACAGCAUAUUUUUGUUUUGUGAUAUACUACAAAAGACUUGAAAUCUAAACGAAACCUUUUGUUCUUAUAAAACGUGUACUAUCUCUAAAGGUUACACAAUAGUUCAUUCAGUGAUAUGAUGAUUUACAAACUUCAAACAACAAUUAAAUCAUUGAGUUAUUGUAGACAGUUUCCUGCCGAUGGUAAAAAACAAGACAGAAAAAAUAUACAGUAUAUGUAAAUAUUUAUUUCCUUCUUUUUUAAACCUGUACUAUUUAUAUUGUUCUAUUUAACCAAUGUCUUUUAUUGUUUUUAUAUUUAACCCUUUCAAAAUUGAAAACGCGAUUGUAAAUAAGAUGUUGAGAUUAGAGAAAAAUGAAAUAUGUUGUAAAACAGUUUUAUUUAAAAGUAUACAUGGAGAAAUGUUACGUCUAAAUGCUCUUGUUAUGAAACUAGAUACAAAUUACAUAAUUUUCCGGUACAGAUAGUCGUUCCAUUGUAACCGUGCGGUUACACACUCCGUUUUCUGACAAUGUUUUCGUCGUCGUGGGUUCGAUUUCUUAGUAUAUACUGCUUUAUUUUUAAAAUUAUAUAUAGUUUGCUACGAAAACAAAAGUGAGUGAAUUUAGGAUCAGUUAUGUCACACAUUAAAAUAUGUCAUUUUAAUAGAAAAUAAACGCACAUAUUUAUGUUUAAUUGCAUUCCAGUUUUUAUUAUUUAUUAUUUUGUAUUUUCCUUUAUUUUAUAUUUUUCUCUAAUGUAAUAGUUCAAAGCAUACGGGGGUAGUUAAAAAACUGUAUGGUAAUCUUAUACAAAACUUUAAAUAGCAUUGCCACGUAAUAAUUAUUGGUAUUUAUUUAAAGGAAAAACAAAUAUUUUACGAAAAACAAGUACAAAAUAAUGAAUAAGUAAAUAAUUCUAUCAGAGAUACUGAAAAUGUAGGAAGUUAUUUAAAUGGACCUAUUUUAUUUGUUACCUAGUUAUAUUUGUAUUUAUUACAUGAUUCCUGACAUGAAUCGCCGGUCAUAGUUUGUGCUAAAAGUCUCAUCUAUAUUCAACACAAAUUUAAUCGGUUGACAAAUAAAAAGGAUAGCAGCUACAACGUAAAAAAUAAUAUCCGAUGUAGGACCUUGGGCAAUAGUUUUGACCUUUGACCGGCAAGAAAUUCAAAAAAUAUAUCAUACAUGUUAUUUACUCACAUUAUCGUACUUUUUUCAUUGUAAAUAUAAUGAUAGCAGUUUGCUACACUUCUCAUAGACUAGAAUAUUGGAGCAUAUGUACUAAUGCUUCUCUGUGUUUGCUGUGUGCAUGCUUUGAACAUGUGUCUUAUUAGUAGGGAUGGGAACGAAUAUCCGAAUAUUCGAAUAUUCGAAAAUCAGUCGAAUAUUCGAAUAUGAAAAUCAUAUUCGAAUAUUCGUAAAUUAUUGUUUUUUUUUUGUUUUUUUUCAAAAUAAGUAUCAUUGAUUUUGGACAAUUCUACAGAAUAAAACCAUGUCAUGUUGGUUUAUCGCGUAUCAAAAGAUGUCCAAUUAACAAGAAAAUAGCAGUGCAUAAUUGGCAGGGGCCAUCGUUACGGAUUAACAGUUUGCAACAGGCGUCAAUGUGUCAGAUGCAAAAGAUGUCCAAUUAACAAGAAAAUUGCAAUGCAUAAUUACCUGGGGUCAUCGCUACGGAUUAACAGUUUGUAUUAGGCGUAAAUGUGAUAUCUUUUUAUCGUUUGCUCAUUUUUAUUGGCGCGUGUUUUAUGUAACAAGUUGUAGAAUUUUUUUUUUCGAAUACAAUAUCAAACUUGUAGAUAUUGUCGAUCUUUUCACAAUAUUUUGUACGACGUUUCAGACCAUCCGCAGAAUCAGUUUUCAUCCGCCAUCGGCCGUAUUCGAAUUAAAUUUUGAAGUACUUUAUAAUAAAAUCAAGAAAUAACAUAUGAUUGAUGCAUAAGUUCAUGUUGAAGGAGGUUUAAGUCUGCCUUACUUGCUUUUAACACGACGAUUGAAAAUUUUCAAAAUGGCGGCGGUAAUACAACAGCGCGUCACGUGUUUAAAUGGGACGACCUGCUAUUUUUAGAUAAAAUUGCGACGAUCUAAAUUAUAAUCGUUUUGAUUUUUUGUAUCAUUUUGAAGCUAAAACACUGAAUUAGUUAAAUCUGUUCAUGAUUAUACUGACAUAAUCGUGAAAUAAAACGCUAGGAUCGGCGGGUUUUGCUAGGUAGGAUCGGGUUACCCGAAACAAACAUUUUUUGGUCUUAUUACGUACGAUGAUCCACGCUUUAAACAAAUAAAUACGUUGUGUAUAUGCGAAUCACAUAAUAAGAAUUUAAAGCUUCCAUUAAAACAAACCGAAUAUUCGAAUAUAUUCGAAUAUGGCAAACCGAAUAUUCGAAUAUUGAUUUCAGUAUUCGUUCCCAUCCCUACUUAUUAGCAUUUAGAAUUUUCCCGAUUUGUAGUAUGGCUGUUUCGAAUUUUAUUAGUGGUACUUAAAAUUUUGAUAAUUUAUACGUUUAUAUUCAUAAUAUUGUAAACUAACUCAAAGGAAGUUAAAAUCUGUCCUGUAUAAAGGAAGCAUUAGAGUCACCAUAAACGAUACUAUGAAAGAGUUGUAGAAACGGACAUAUGUUUUAGUACAGAUUUUUCAGUGAAUUAUAUAUCACAGAGAAACUAUUUUUCAUCGAUAUGAAACUUUACACAUACAUCUGCGGAUGUCUCUAAAUUGGUUUUUGUACUUUUAGCAUGUGUAAAUGUUGAAUUCUGCUCAACCCGGGGCUAGAGGAUGUGGACGGUAUCAUGCAUUUCCACUACCGUCCAUGAACAGGCUCAAUCAAACCGAGCCUGCAACAUUUUCGUUUUUGUCGUGUUGGGCGACCUGUGAAGUUUCCACUUUUUUCUAUUUUAAUAUAGGUUAAUUUAGUCAAAAUUUAGUCAAAAGACACAUCUUUUGUUUUAUAUAUACAUGCCGUUUUCUUUUUGAUUGAAUUUUGACAGAGGUAUGCCCAUUUUGUUUUGUUGGAAUGUAUUGGUUAAUGUUUUAAUAAAGUGUGUUAUUAUCAAUGGCUUUUGACGUGAGACAUAAAAUAGUUAUUUGCUGUCAAAGUCUACACCAGGAUAGACAAUCUCCAGCUCUGACUGUAUGUUUGAGGAAGGUAAGCCCCUUUUAAUAACAGGGAGUCAGAGAAAGGUCGAGUGUGCUAUCUUAUGGACAGUUGUAUUGUGCUUCAGUGUAAUUUUAGGUCGUACUUUUAUUAGUUGAUCUUGGUUUUAUCAAUGUAAUUAUAUGUACAUGUGAAUUACGGACGUAGUAUAGUAUACAUUAACAAAAGUCUAUAAUUGUUAUGUAUUGAACAAUUUUAAUGUAUUGAAUAUCUGUACUUAUGUUUUAAUAUGCUAAUUAUUUUAUGUAUAUGUAUUGUAUAUACACAGAUGAGACUAUAAUAAAGAAUAAAACUAUAAAAUGGAAAUACAUUUUACUGAUGAACACCAUAUUUUAUAUUUUCACACGUGGCUGUGCAACUCGUGAAAUAUUGCAUCUGGUGCUCAAUUGUAAAAGAUAUUUCAAUCUCCUUCUAUAUCUACAUGUAUGUUUUAAAUAUACAUGAAUGUAUACAUGAUAUAUAUAUGAGCCAUGUCGUGCGAUUUCAAACAAUAUGUAUCAUAUAUUAGAUUUACAAUCUUACCCUUGCCUGUGUAAAUUUAUACUGCUAUUUAUAGUAAUACUAGUAUUGUAUAUUUUGGUUUCCAUUCUGACAAGCAAAUGCUGUUUGAACUGAGCUGUAUGACGAUAUAUUCAUAAUUUGUUUCGUGUUUGUCGACAGUCUCCAUACACUGGCAGUUGCCUAAUAUAGAUAUACCAAGGUUUAGAACGUUUUCGUUACUUUAAAACCAAGAUUUACACGGAACUGUCCGCAACUCAACAUUUGUUAAAUAAGCGUUAAAGAAAAAAGUACAAGCAUAUUUCUACUUUGUUAUGGUUUUUGAAAGAAUGAUGCUUCAUCUAAAUGAAUCGGUUUAAACUUAAAUAAAGGACCAAAACUCAUUUAAAAUGCUCGUACGCUUUCACCGAGACUAGCCACCAAGUAAUCUUAGACAAUAUCUAUAUUUUGGGAAUAUUUUUAUACCAGACAGUUAUGCAUUUUAGGCAGUUGGAAGAUCAAAUUUAUUACUUUUGUUUGCUGGCUACUUUUUGUUGUGUUGCUAAAAACCUAGACAGACGUACUAGUAAUUGUUCUCAACGUUUCACUCUAAAACAUUGUGUAUGCAUCGAUAAUGCUACUAGAAUGUGAAACAGAAUUAACAUCAGAAUUAACAAAAAUCGCUACCAUUUCAAUAAUUACAAAUUGCUUUCCACGAUUUUGUUAAAAACUUAAUUUCAUUUGUUUGUUCGCUCGCUCUUGAUGUGACGAAAAAUACAUAAUCUAUCCCAAAUUUCUCUUUGGUCGGGUUUUCGAAGAAAAGUCCGGCAUGUAGUUAAGGACUGUCCGGGCGGAUGGAUGGGCGGGCGGAUGGAUGGGAUAAUGAGUCUCAUGUUAACCUUUUUGUUCACUCAAUAUCUGGACAAAAAUUUCACCUAGGACCUUGAAACCUCAUAGAUAUGUUGGUCUUGAUGUGUACAUGUCCUCUAGUGAUUUCGGGAUUACUGGGUUAAAGGUCAAGGUCAGAGGGACCUGAACAUUAAAAAUAGUUUCCGCUCAAUAUCUGGACAAGUAUUUCUCCUAGGACCUCGACAUACGUAUGUUUGCCUUGAUGUGUAAAUGUUCCCUAUUGAUAACGGGGUCAAAGGUCAAGGUCACGGGGAUAUAAACCUUAAAAAUGGUGUUUUACUUUUAUUUUUUUACACCCAGUUAUUUCUAUAAUUUCAUUUUCUACAUGUCCAUUUCUUUUCUUUCUUCUUUUUUUUCUUCAAUAGUGCUUAUCAAUUUGGGGGUUAUUUAUUGUACGCAUUGAUUAGAACUUUAAUUCGUUAUCACCUAAUUCGGAAAACCCGACUGCUUGUGUAUUACAUUCAAUACGUAAUAUGCAAAUAACAUUCCCUCAUACUUUUUUCUGGAAUCCAAACUACAUGUAUACAUAUUUUGGCCAAUGUAUUUUAAUAUAUGUUUAUGUAAACAUCUGUGUAUAACUAUGGUUUUCCAAAAUCAAAACUAUUUCAAAUUCAGUAACUUGUACAUAUGUUGAAGAUAGGUGCUACCCCUCACAGAACUGGAUCGCCUGUGUAGCAGUGAUGUUACUUGUUUUGAACAGCCAGGAAACCUGCUAUGCCUCUAAAUUGUGUUUGAUCUAGAGUCGUGAAACAGUACAGAAACAUUGUUCAGAAUGUGAAGUUGUGUACCUGGGUUUAUUUGAGACUUUACUCAGAGUUAUGGCCCUUUACUUAGACAAAAAAUACAGAAGGAUCUAAACGUUUCUGCCGUGUGUAUCAACCUAGACUAUAAUAAUGUUUUUACUUCUUUGUAUAUACUGUCGCCCUCAGUGCAAAAUAGUGGCUAUUGACCUUGACAUUAAAAAGUACUAACUCACUUUUUGUGCUAGAGUGACGAUAUGAGAAUAUCCGUGGAUAUUAGUUAGAACAAGGCUAUCCUGUUGUUCCAGAUAAGAAGCACGUUUUUCUGCAAAGUUAGAUUCCUACCAUAUAUUCGAAGAAUGCUUAUUGAUAAAAUAUAUGUUAUAAUCAAUUAAUUAAGUAUUCAUAAGCUUAUAUUUUUUGGCAUUGAUUGUAUCGUGAUAUUUUGUAUUUUCACAUAUAAACAUGAAAUGAAAUUUUUGUAUCAACUUUAUGUCAACAUUUCAAUAUUUAGAUGACUAAAUGAUAUACAUGUACAUGUAGGAGAGACCCGGACACCUUGGAACAAAAAUUAUAUUUUUUUCUGUUUUCUAAAACAUCUUGAAUUGACUUCCUGUAAUUUCAUACUAUAUUAAAGUACAAUCCUUCAUGUACAUGAGGGGUAGUUAAUGGUCAUGUUUUGUGCUAUCGUUUCUGAGAUAUGCAUCAUAGAAGACUAGCACUAAAAUAUCCCAUUGUACCCCAUUGUACCCCGAAACCGGGGCACCACGGGACACAUCCUGGCAACCAUGGGACAGUGACAGAAAUAAAGAAAUCUAUGAACUCUAUUUCAUCUGAACUGCAAUGAUAGCAUUUGCUUAAACAUCCAACAUCAAGAAAAAGGCAUUUUAAUUACAAUGACAGAUCUACCUUUAACUUGAAACAACCUUAUCUGUUUAUCAACUGGUCAAAAAGUGUAAAAUGACACUCAACUUAAAUAUAAACACAUCUAUGAUGAUUACUUCAUCUUGAACUUCAAUGACAAUUCUAAAAGAUCAUCAUCAAGACACAGACAGAUCAAGUGUGUGUGUGUGUGUGUGCGCGCGUGCGCGUGCGCGUGUGUUCGGGUUUAACGUCUUUUUCAACAAUUUUUCAGUCAUAUAAACGACGAUGUCUACUUGUAGCAGUGAGCACAAUGCCCAACUUUAUAUAGCUGCCUCACUGGAAUAUCACGCCGUAGACACGUGGCAUGAUACCCCACCCAGUCACAUUAUACUGACACCGGGCUGACCAUGUCAUUUACUUACAAUGGCAUACCUACCUUUAACUUGAAACAACAUUUAUGCCUUAUGCCUUAGUUAUAAAACAAUACAACAUUAUAUAUAAUUAUGUUUAUUAACUUCUCAGCUUAAAGUAUAAACUGACUUCUGAUAAGUGAUUUAUCCAGCAAUGGCAUGUCAACAGUAUAAAAAUAUGUCUUUACUCAGAAAUAGUGAGUUAGGUUGAGGUCAAACCUCAGCUAUUUUUCAGCUUUUGCAGUGCCUGCUUUAUUGCUUGGCUGAGGCAAUUUCAUUACAAUGUCAUCAUAUUCCAUCUCAUCCGUUUCCUUGUUGUUUUGUAUAAUGAACACUGAAGCCAUAUUUUUCACGGGUUGACAUUUCAAGAAAACUCAUAGGUCAAGUUUUCUACAUUUGUAUGCAUUUAUUAACCAAUGUAAUAGCUUGUUGGUUUCUUCCAGCUGUAUUUAACACUGUCCCAUGGUGCCCACUUGCAUGUGUCCCAUCGUGCCCAAACCCCACCACCCUUAAAUUUUCAAAAAAAUAUGAAGGUCAUCUACUUCACUGGGAUUAAACAUUUUGUGAAAUUAUCAGUCAAUGUAUGCUUUAUAGAUAGUGAUAUAGAAAUGGUUUCAAAGAGUUUACUGCAGAACUUUACAGGACAAUAUUUGGAAUUAAGUUGUUUUUGUUUUACUCAGAAUAGUGAAAAAAUGAUAAAACUCAACUGAAGUUUUAUUUUAAAUCCUUCCACCUUCAAACUCUGUAUAAAAAAAAGCUCGAGAAAGGCAAGAAUUUUAGUAAUUCAGAUAGCUUAGUUUAUUUUCCAGAAGAAAAAAGUUACUUCUGAUGUCCCAUGGUGCACAUGUCCCAUGGUGCCCCGGUCUCCCCUACAUGUGUUUGCUUCUCUUGUGCACUUUCCCAAUAAAAAAGAUAUUUUUAUAUUUGUUGUAAUAUGUGUACUGCAUUAUUAUGAAAGAAUAUGAAUAAACCAGGUGUUGUAAGA